AUGCAGACCGUUCCCAUCAUUCGGGAGCCUAUCCCCAAAACCGCCUCUUUGCCGACUCAGUCUCCAUCGAAGUCGCCUACCCAGACAAGAUAUUCCCAUCUCCUCUAUUUAUCGGAGCCAGAGCGACAACUCUACGAGUCCAGAAUGGAAAAGACCUCAGCUUCAUCUCUUCGCUCUUCCAACUCCGUCCGGUCAAACCGCUCCGCCUCUUCGUCCACAGCAUCACAAACCUCGGUGUCGACCAGCGUCAUCUCAAAGCCCAGCAUGCAGGUCCCUCGUUACGUUGAUGACCAUUAUCCCCUAAUCACCACCACUCACUUGGAGAACAUUCCUGCUUCCGUACCCAAGGACCAUCCGGCCUUCUGGUGUGCUCGUCAAAUGGCCCAGAUCCACAACACCAUCAUUCGUGCCUUGAAUGCAUCGUGGAACCAGGCAGUGAUGGUUCAGCCUGAUACUCAAGAAGCCGCUGAUUUCCUUCUGUUCAACCAACUGCUCUUCAAUACCUUGAAUCACCAUCACCAUGUCGAGGACGAUUAUAUGUUCCCGACAAUGGAAAAGUUGCUGGGUCGGCCCGGUGCAAUGGAAGCGAACACGAAGGGCCACGACUCAUUUGCCGAGGGACUCACCGUCUUCCAGAAAUAUGUCUUCAUCACCAAGCCAGCUGAGUACAAUGGAGUCACUCUUCGCCACAUCAUUGAGUCCUUUGCGCCCAACCUUAUUCAACAUCUGCACGACGAGAUCCCUACCCUUGCCAAUCUCCAUGUUUCAGAUGGCAAGGAGCUGAUGAAGAUCUGGAAGCACGCGGAGCACAUAGCCACCAAGGACAAUAGCCUGUACACUGACGCGCCCUGGACACUGGGGUGCCAGGACAAGUCCUUUACCAUUGACGGAGAGAAGUGUGGCUUCCCCGACGUCCCUUGGGUCAUCGAGGCCGUGAUCAGGAAUUGGCACGCAAAAAAGCAUGCCGGAGCUUGGAAAUUCUGUCCAAGCGACCUCUCUGGAAAGCGGCGUCUGCUGCCCAUUGCAUGA